AGCAGGAAGCAGCGCAACAUUAGAGACACAAGCGAGCAAAUGGAGUCAGUUAGGGGGCUUCAACUCUCUGUUAUCAAAGGCAACCGCGCUUAGCUCAAGGGGAAAGGGGUGUUUUUUUGCAUCGAUCCGAUCCUGAACCCGGGAAGAGUGCGGAACCCAUCAAAAGCACUUGCUCCAGUCUCUUGGGUAGGUUUCUUCUUGGAGGUCUUGCUACAAGAAUGUGUACUUCAAUCUUUCCUGGAACAGCAUAAUCCUCGAGUCAUUUUGAGCACUAGAAGAUCAGAAUGGGUAACCAGACUGGGAAACAUGAGCAACUUCAAUCGGGUCAAGCAGAGAAAUCUGGCACAUCCACAAAGGCUAAAGGUCAGGCCAUGAAGACGGAUCACGCAGAGGACAAUGAAGUGUUUGCAGAGACAGAUGUUACUUGGAACAAUGGAUCCUCCUCACAGCAGAAGAUGGUGGUGACAGGCUCCAAGAGUGCAGAAGACCCAGAGGAUGCCAACACAGCUGAGCCAGCUGUUCGCCCCCACUUGGUCCGCCUCUUUUCUCGUGACGCGCCAGGACGUGAAGACAACACCUUCAAAGACCGCCCAUCAGUAUCUGAAGAACUCCAGGCCAUCCAUGAGGAUAGCUCAGUUCCUGUGGCGGACCCACAUUUGAUGGAAGUGCAGAAACUGAGCUCACAAUCGUUAAGUAGUUCAGACAAGAAGGGGAAAGAAGCAAAACAGAUGGCGUCGGCAAGCACCUCAGACCACACUAAGCAAGCGGGAGCCCAUUCAAGGCAAAGAGACUCUGGUCUACUCGACCAGCUGGGAAAAUUUUUUGGACAAGAAGGAUCCAGGAAAGUACCUGAAAAAGGAAAGGAACCAGCAAGGAGUGUGCUAAUGGCCCCCACUACACACAAGGCACAUCAUGGAGCAGGGAGACAGACUGACGAUAGUGCUGUUGUCCACUUCUUUAAGAACAUGAUGUCACCAAAGAAGGCACCCGUCCAACAGAAGGGAAAGUUCGGAGCAAGUAGAGCUAUCACUAAAUUUAUUUGGGGUACUGAGGGACAGAGGCCACAUUACGCUGCAACUGGUUCGAAGUCAAAGGAGGCUUAUAAAGGACGAAGAGAUGGAACCCUGUCAUCUCUUUUCAAAAUGGGGAAGAAAGGUGAAGGUUCACCUGCUAGACGCUGAAUCCUCAUCGACAAGUACAACAGGAAGGAAUGCUUCAACAUGGGAAAAUAUCCUUGCUCGGUGUUGUAUAUUAACAGUCUUACCAUUCAUGCAUUAACUAGCAUUUACUCAGUCCCUCCAAAGAGAAUGAUGGCAUUCAAAUAUGAUCUUUACCAAUCAGGCAUAUAGCCUGGUGCUCUUAAUGCAGACUUGCCUAAUUCAAAUUAUCUGUUAACCAGAUUUUUUUUUAAAAAAAGAACUGUUUAUUUAAAUUUCUUAAUUUGAGCCACAGGAUGAUGUGAGCAAAAAGUGAUUUUGAAUUAACAGUAGAUUGUAUAAUGAAAGGAAUGUGUUAUUGCUUACACUAGUCCCGUAGUAAUUCCAACCGUUUUAGAAACUUGAUGUGAAGGUGCCAAUGGUCUUACAACUCUUUCCACUCUCCUUUUCUGUGGAUAAGGAAUCUAAUAUUUUACAAUGAAUUUUAUUGCAUUUUAACACCAUUACUGUAAAAUAUGACAAUUGCUAAAGUUUUACUAAAUAUUAGCACUGUGCAAAAGUGAAAUUUUGUCUGACAGUUGCUGUUCAAUUCAAUAAACUCCAUUUUGAACACAAAUGUCAUUGGUUACUUGUACCCAAAGAAACAGCCCAGUAGUGUAAUAAAGCUGUAGGUUUAUUCUCCACACACUCUAUGGUGCAAUGCAGAUAAGCAGCAUUAUGUGUUGCAAAGCUGUGAACACUAAGGGUAUUAUACUAACAUGAUUUGUGUGAAAAUGUUAUUGGUAAAAGCUAUAACCUCAAACUAACACUGAAUUCCAUAUCAAUGGGCCAAGACCAUUGCUAUGCGAGUGCUCUUUUGAAUUGCACUGUUCUUGUAACUAAAAUAAUAUUUUAUCACCUUUACAUUUACCUUUUUGUGUUUCUUGUUAUCCAAAUGUAGCACAUUAAAUGGCAAAUUUACAGAAAGCUUAAGGUGAUUGUUUUCUCAGAGGUAAAUGGCCUUCACAUUGGCCACGAGGGUGAAUUACCUCUGCACCUAUGAGCCAUAUACAUGCACCAAGAACUUAAUACAGAAGAAAUACAAGGGGAUGAUACACACUCACAGACCCUGACAGAACACUAGUACUCGUCUUCUGGCACCUGCCAUUUUCAGUGCAGAUGCAAGAGGUGUGUAGUUUACACCUGCCCCUCCCUCAGUAAUGCUGCUGCUCUUUGAUUAGACGUCUUUCUUUUGCCAGUUGUGACUUAUUCUCCAGUGGAUGACAUGAAGCAUGCCACCAUCUGCUCCUUUCACAUUCUCCAACUGGUAAUGUCUAGAAUGCACAGGCAGGUGGAAGUGGAGAGUUAUUAACGUUGGGUUUCCAAUCUAUUGCCAGUUUAUGUAUGGUAACUUGCUUAUAGAGAACACGUACUAGGAAAAGCUGAACGAUCAUGUGACCGAGUGAUGUUUCUGAAUGUAUAUGUAAAAAAAUAAUGCAUCUAAACUAUGUUUAUCCAUGUUAAAAUAAAGUUACAGUUAUAAUUCAA